GGUCACAGGUUGUUUAAAGCGGCUGCCCCGCUGCGAUGCAUGGUGCAAAGUAGUGCACGCGUGGGUCGUCGAACGAAUUGCACUUGAUCAGAGUGCAAAAACGACCAUGGCAACGACCACAACCAACGACGACCCCCUGGUGGACCGCCUCGCGCGCGCGCUCGCGCGGACGGAUGUCCGCGCGGACGGCCCGACCGUAGAUAGAGUGCAGCGCGCGCUGCGCGACUGGCGGGACGAGGACUUUGAGAACAUGAGACCAAUGCGCCAGUCCAAAAAAACCGCGACGCCGUACGAGGUCUGGAGGGCGGCGCAGACCACCGCACAACCGAAAAAGACGAAGGUCCUCGACGCCCGGGCGCGCCGUCAAUUGGUAGAACGCCUCGACGCCGCUAAUAAACAACGCACGGAGAACGCCGAGCGGCGACGGGCCGCGGCGCUCGGCGAGGAGCUGCGAAGCACGCCCUUCGCGCCGCAGCUCAACGCGCGAAGUUUAAAGUCGACGCGGCCGGGCGUCGCGGAGACGAGCGCGACGGCGUUGCAACGGCGCGAAGCAAAAGCGCAGAAGGUUAGAGAAAGACGGCACGAGAUCGAAAGGCGCGAGUGCACGUUUGCGCCGACCUUCGCGGCGGCCAAGACGUCCUCCAAAAUAUAUAAAAGGGCGCGCGGCGCGGCGCCGCGCACGCCCGCGGACCGCGCGGCCUUCCAGGCCGCGGCGCGCGCGAAGACGGAGCGCAUGCGGCAGCGGCAGGAAGAGGCCGAAAUUGCCCAGACGCCCUUCGCGCCGCGACUCAACGGCGCAUCCAUGAAGAUCGCCGCGUCGCUGCGCGCGUCGGGCGCCUGCGCCGUGGACCCGCGGUCGCGGACGACGACGACGUCGCCGCGGCGGACGCGGCGCGUCCACGUGGACGAGGCCGCGACGUUCGCUCCCCAAAUCUCCGAGCGCGCAAAACGGUACGCGCCCGCCGUGAAGGACGUCCAUAACCGGCUCUACGCGAAGACGGAGGCGCGGUUCCCGCGGUCGCCGCGCGGGGCGGCCGCGCCCGAGCCGGCGCCCGUGGCGGUCCUCGCGUACGGCCGCGACGUCGACGAGAUCCUCGGCCUCGUCGCGACGGCGUUCCGCUCGCGGCCGCCUCCCGGGGAGGCGUGGACGUGA